AUGAUGUUGAGAAGUGUUGGUUCUCGUACUCUGGUUGUGAAGACUGCGGUCAGUGGUGCUUUUAUUAGAGGAACUGCUCGUCCUGCGUUAAUUGCCGCUUCAAGAUUAUAUUCUUCCUCAGGAAAUCACGAUCAUUCUGAUCAAGGGAAUUGGAAGACUCGAAUUCGUGAAAAUAUAUUCGCUGCUUCUUUAGGUGCUGCUAUAACUCUGGGGGCAAUCUAUACUAUCAUACCUAAAUGCAAUUGCAAAAAGAAAACUUCUGUGGUGGCACCUGUGGUAGCACCUGUGGUAGCACCUGUGGCUGAAAUAACAGUUAUCGAAGAGCCGGUUGAAUUUGAACAGCCAAUCCCUAUCCCAGCUGAAGAGGAAGUCGCUGAAUUAGAUUUCAACGCUUCAAACGUACCAGAUUCAAGUGUUCCAAUUCUAGAUGCUUCUCUUGAGAAUGCCGUCGAAGUUGAACAAUUGGUGGAAGAUAUCUUGGCAGAUGAGGUACCAGUAGAAGUUGUCGUUCUUGAAGAUGACGCUGACACUAUUGAAAAUACUACCGAUACAGCAGAAGUUGAAGAGGUAACUGGCUCAAGUAUCGCUCCUAGUGAUGAUUCUGAAGUCUUAGUAGGUGAAGUUAAUGUAGAAAGUCAAGAUCAAGGUCAAAGCAAUAAUCCAGAUGUGACAGAAGAAGAAGAAAAACCAGAAGGGGCUUAUAAUCCUGACACCGGUGAAAUUAAUUGGGAUUGUCCUUGUUUAGGUGGUAUGGCACACGGUCCUUGUGGUGAGGAAUUCAAAGAAGCAUUUGCUUGUUUUGUGUACUCGGAAGCUGAUCCAAAGGGUAUUGAUUGUGUUGAAAAAUUCAAACAUAUGCAAGACUGUUUUAGAAAAUACCCUGAACACUAUGAGGAACAACUAAAGGACGAAGAAGAUGCAAUCAGUGCUGAAAAUGAAACAGAGGUUAACUCUGCUUCUUCUCAACCUGAAACAAAAUCUUCUGACAAUUAA